UUUUGAUUUUGAUAAAAUAAAAUUUGAAGUUCGUUCAAGGAAAGAAAAAUAAAUCGUAACGUAAUUUCGUACAAAUUAAUUAAUAAAACAAUAACUCAUACAAUCGAAAGAUGAGCAACCAAAAAUUCAGAGAAGUAGGCCCUUUCAUUAAAUUCCUGCGCGAGAAGAUGUUGGGCAGAUCACUUCCGAACCCUUUAAGAUUUGAACCAGCAUACGCAGCUAGAACCCAACCUGAUCCUAAGUUACCGGAUGGUCCUUCGCAUAAAUUAUCAGGCAAUUAUUACUACCUUCGUGACGCCCGUAGGAAAGUUGAAACACCUUUGCAACUCGUUGCACCCGAAGAGUUGAAGAAAUUGGGCGAAUCUACUAAUAAAGAUAAUAGGCUGAUCGCUUCUGUUGGAGGAGUCAAACCAGGCACGAUUUAUAACCCUGAACAAAUUGAAAAAGAUGUUGUCAACAGGCCUCGUGGUAAAUAAAUACUUGCCAAAAUUCUACUACCGCUGCAAGGUGAUGAAUUAAAAAUUAUAGUGCGUUAUAAUUAGAAGAAAAAUCUAUUGUUAUUCUGUUCUGUUUGUAAAAUGAUUGUACAUUUGUAACUAGUCUAUUCGAGUUAUUUCAUUUUUAAUAUCAAUCGCUAUUGAAUAUAUAUAUUUAUUUUGAA